CGUUUUAACUUAUCCCAUUAAUAUCUUUUCAACGGGCAUUCCAUCGACUCCAGCUCCAACACCAACAAGCAGAUAUCUAUUUCGUCUUCCUUUCCUUAAUAUACUUUCAACCCUCCAUUCUCGUCUACAGACCUUAAUUUCUCUCCAUAUAACCGGCGGUUGUGGUCGUGGAUCGAUUAGAUCAGUCGAUCUAAAAAAGCGAUGGCCGAGGACAAGUAUAAUCUGAAAAAUCCAGCUGUGAAGAGGAUUUUACAGGAAGUUAAAGAGAUGCAAUCGAACCCAUCUGAUGAUUUCAUGAGCCUCCCUCUUGAGGAGAAUAUAUUUGAAUGGCAAUUUGCUAUAAGAGGACCAGGAGAGACUGAAUUUGAAGGAGGGAUUUAUCAUGGGAGGAUUCAGUUGCCUGCCGAGUAUCCAUUUAAGCCUCCUUCUUUUAUGUUGCUGACGCCAAAUGGGCGUUUUGAAACGCAGACAAAGAUAUGCUUAAGCAUAUCAAAUCAUCAUCCUGAGCAUUGGCAGCCGUCAUGGAGUGUAAGAACAGCUCUAGUAGCACUUAUUGCAUUCAUGCCCACCAGCCCGAAUGGUGCGUUGGGCUCGCUAGACUACAAGAAAGAGGAAAGGCGUGUUUUAGCUGUUAAAUCUCGUGAAGCAGCCCCGAGAUUUGGGACCCCUGAACGUCAAAAACUCAUUGAUGAGAUUCAUCAAUACAUGCUUAGCAAGGCGCCAUCUGUUCCUCAACCAAACCCUGCACAGGGUUCUGAAGAACACCCUAACAACAGUGUGUGUGAAACCCAGGAAAGUCCCCAAGAUGCUGGGGCUGCAACUGCUGCUGAAGACCUUCCAAAUCCAGCUGUUGGUGAAAUUCAGGAAGUGGGCGAGAGGGUCUUUGAAGAAGUGCUUGAAGCUCACAUUACUGCGAACCCUAGUUCUGCUGGAACCAGUGCAUCAAGAGAGGUUCCUGCUAAAUGUUCAAGCGAUCAGAUACCGCAAAGGCAAGUGACUAGGGUUCAAAAACCAGCCGAUGAUAGGUUGUUCACAUGGGCUGCUGUUGGACUCGCCAUUGCAAUUGUGGUUCUUUUGCUGAAGAAGUUUAUGAAAUCUAGUGGAUAUGGUGCCGUCUUCAUGGAUGGAUCUUAGGUAUAGUGAUUUUUAUGAAACAAUUUAUAGAAAAAGGGAAUCUAUGUCAUUUUUACACCAGGAUUGUUUGUAUUCGCAGUAUAUGUUAUGAUCCGAUUGACAUGCACCAUUAUUGUAAUUAAUAAUGUGGAUGAGCAACUCAUUUGCAUUGACAAGUUUGGAAGUAUUUUAGUAUAUCUAUAUUUGAUUGUUGUAGAUGCGUCCGUUUCUGGAGCGAUUACUGGAAUUGCUUUUGGAAGGUCAUCUAACUGUUCGAGUGUGUCUUUUAAUAAUAUUCAUGCAGCAUGAUUUAUUUUCA